GGCCAGCGAAAGUCUGGGGAGGUCUGCGAGGCUCGUCAGGUCUCCGGAAGUGGCCGUUGUAAACACCUCCGUGGGGCUUGUCCCCUGAAGUCCCCUUUGCUAUUUGUUCCCCCUCCCCGGGUCCUAGAGUCCGUCAGUUUCCAACAGUUUAUGCUCUGACCCCCGCCAUCUGCCUGGGCCUCAUUCUACCAUUGAGAUUUGAAGCCGCCUCUGGGGUCUUGGGUGUGCGGUCUGGACCACGGGAGCCCCCUGAGACUUCAGCCCCUCUAACCUGUAAGCCACAGACAUCUUGGACAGUUUUAAUCAUCAAUAACGAAGUAUAUCAUUAAGAAACAGUGGGGUAUUUUGAAAGAGUUGGAAAACGUAUCAUGAGUUUGAACACUUCAAGUAAUGCCACUGGUGAUACCCAAAGGUUAAAGAAUGCCUCAUCUGAUGUAAAACAAAUGCUUAAAAGUGAAACAGACUUAGAUGUUACUGCUGAUCUCAGAAAGAAACUCCAUCGGGCUAAGAAAGAAAAAUUAGAAAUAACAACUAAACACAAUGCAGAGCUGGCAAGCUAUGAGAGCCAGAUUGCUAAGCUACGAUCCGAGGUUGAAAAAGGAGAGGCAUUGCGACAAAGUCUGGAAUAUGACCUGGCCGUGGCUAGAAAGGAAGCUGGUCUUGGAAGACGGGCUGUUGAAGAGCGAUUAGCUGAGGCACAUAGGAUCCAAGAAAAACUCUGUGCUCAGAAUACAGAACUUCAAGGAAAGGCAAAUGAGAUCGAGAAAGUGUUCCAGACUUCCCAGCAAAAAUGGAAAGAAGAGUGCAGAAGAUUUGAACGUGAUUUGGAGGAAAGAGACAAUAUAAUUCAAAAUUGCAAUCGAGAAUAUGAUUUACUUGUGAAAGAAAAAAGCAGACUAGAGAAAACUCUACAGGAAGCGUUGGAAAAACAUCAGCAGGAGAAGAAUGAGAUGGAGUCCCAUGUCAGGGAGACAGCACUGGAGGAGUUUAGAUUACAAGCAGAGCAAUGGGAAGCAGAAAGAAGAGAGUUACAAUUUAUAGUACAGGAGCAAGAUAAUGCUGUACAAAGUAUGCACAAGAAAGUAGAAAAAUUAGAAGCUGAACACAUGGACUGCUCUGACCUUUUACGGCGACAAACAAAUGAGCUUGAAUUUAGUACUCAACGAGAGGAACGUCUUAGAAAAGAAUUUGAGGCAACUACUCUAAGAGUGAGGAAAUUAGAAGAAAAUAUUGAAGCAGAAAGAGCAGCACAUUUGGAAUCAAAAUUUAAUUCUGAAAUUAUUCAGUUACGGAUUCGAGACCUUGAAGGAGCUUUGCAGGUAGAAAAGGCCAGCCAAGCAGAAGCUGUUGCUGACUUGGAAAUGAUCAAGAAUGAAUUCAAAGAAGUUGAAAGUGCCUAUGAGCGAGAAAAGCAUAAUGCACAAGAGACCUUUGCAAAACUAAGUUUACUAGAAAGAGAGUAUUUCUCCCAAAACAAGAAACUAAAUGAAGAGAUCGAGGAACAGAAGAAAGUAAUUAUAGACCUUUCAAAGAGACUCCAGUAUAAUGAAAAAAGUUGCAGUGAAUUGCAGGAAGAGCUUGUAAUGGCUAAGAAGCACCAGGCUUUUCUAGUAGAGACAUGUGAAAAUAAUGUGAAAGAAUUGGAAUCGAUCUUGGACAGCUUUCCUGUGUCGGGCCAGUGGACAUCAGGCAUCCACAAGGACAAAGAUAAACCUCCCAGCUUCUCUGUUGUCCUUGAGACUUUGAGACGUACCUUGACAGAUUACCAGAACAAGCUGGAAGAUGCAUCUAAUGAGCUAAAGAGCAUGAAUGAUGCUAAAGAAAAGACAUCUAAUGAACUUGAUUCUACCAAACAGAAGAUAGAAUCUCACACUAAAAAUAUAAAGGACCUUCAGGAUAAACUGGCUGAUGUCAAUAAAGAGUUAAGUCAUUUACGCACUAAAUGUGCCGACAGAGAGGCUCUAAUAAGCACUUUAAAAGUGGAACUACAAAACGUGCUGCACUGUUGGGAGAAAGAGAAGGCGCGAGCAGCCCAAUCUGAAAGUGAACUGCAGAAGCUUUCCCAGGCUGUCCAUAAGGACACGGAGGAGAAGCUAACCUUCCUUCAUACCUUGUAUCAGCACCUGAUAGCGGGCUGUGUGCUCAUGAAACAACCAGAAGGCAUGCUGGAUAAAUUCUCAUGGUCUGAGCUUUGUGCAGUCUUGCAGGAGAAUGUUGAUGCCCUGAUCGCAGACCUCAACAGGGCUAAUGAGAAGAUAAGUCAUCUAGAGUAUAUCUGUAAAAACAAAUCUGAUACGAUGAGAGAGCUUCAGCAGACCCAGGAAGACACCUUUAACAAAGUGGCAGAGCAGAUCAAAGCCCAAGAGAGCUGCUGGCACAAACAAAAGAAGGAACUGGAGCUGCAGUAUUCGGAACUCCUCCUGGAGGUGCAGAAGAGGGCACAGAAAUUUCAAGAAAUUGCUGAAAAAAAUAUGGAAAAAUUGAAUCGUAUUGAAAAGUCACAUGAACAGUUGGUUCUUGAAAAUUCACACUUCAAAAACGUGUUAUCACAGACUCAAAGGGAGCAAACAUCCUUGCUGGCGGCUUGUGCAUUGAUGGCUGGUGCCUUGUAUCCUCUCUAUAGACGAUCAUGUGCCUUAUCUACACAGAGAGAUUUUCUCCAAGAGCAGGUCAACACCUUUGAGUUGUUCAAGUUGGAAGUCAGAACUCUAGCCCAGGCUUUGUCAUCUGUAGAGGAAAAGAAGCAAGAGGAAGCUAAGGUGAAGAAAAAACCAUUCAAAGGAUUGAUACGUGUCUUCCGGAAAGCUGUUAUUGCAAUUUUGGCAGCAAACAGACUCAGGAUUUUGGGCCAAUCGUGUGCCUCUCUUUUUACAUGGUUGGAAAGUUUCAAAGAAGGCAUAGGCAUGUUAGUGUGUACAGGAGAGCCCAAAGACAAGCAUAAAUUUCCAAAACAUCAAAAGGAGCAGUUACGUUGUGUGCAAGCGCUCAGCUGGCUCACCAGUUCUGACCUUCUAGCUGCAAUCAUCACUUCCAUGGCUGAGUUACAGGACAUUAUCAGUAAAACAGAUCCAAAUUCCAGAAUUUGUGGACAUUUACUUGUAGGUGCAGCCAAGAAUUCUUUUGCAAAACUCAUGGAUAAAAUUAGUCUGGCGAUGGAGAGUAUACCUUUGCAUAGUAGCUGGAGUAUUACAUAUGUAGAAAAAGACUCCUUGGUUCAGAGGCUGGCCCGAGGACUUCAUAAAGUAAACACACUGGCCCUGAAAUACGGUCUUCGUGGCUAUGUGCCCAUUUUGAAAAGCACGGCAUCAUUACAGAAGCAAAUAUUUGGAUUUACACAAAGACUGCACGCAGCAGAAGUUGAGCGCCGCUCACUGCGCUUGGAGGUCACGGAAUUCAAACGAAAUGUGAAUGAAAUGAAAAAGGAGCUUGACAAAGCCCAGGGGCUCCAAAUGCAAUUAAAUGAAUUUAAACAGACUAAAUUGAUCACCCAUGAGAAGUUUGAAAGUGCAUGUGAAGAGCUGAAUAAUGCGUUACUUCGGGAGCAGCAGGCACAAAUGCUAUUGAAUGAACAGGCACAACAGCUACAGGAGUUGAAUUAUAGACUUGAAUUGCAUUCCAGUGAGGAAGCUGACAAAAACCAAACUCUUGGAGAAGCUGUUAAGAGCCUCUCCGAGGCAAAGAUGGAGCUGAGAAGAAAAGAUCAAUCUCUGCGUCAGCUCAAUAGACAUCUUACCCAGCUGGAGCAGGACAAGCGUCGACUGGAGGAGAACAUCCAUGAUGCAGAGAGUGCCCUCCGCAUGGCAGCCAAAGACAAAGAAUGUGUUGCUAAUCAUAUGAGAACAGUAGAAAAUAUGCUUCAUAAGGUCAGAGAUCAGAUCUCGCUGUCACGGACUGCGGCAAGUAGGAAUGACUUCACCCUGCAGCUACCCAAACUGCACCUGGAGACCUUUGCAAUGGAGGGGCUCAAGGGCGGGCCAGAGGUUGUAGCGUGCCAGGCUGUGAUUAAAAGUUUCAUGGAUGUCUACCAGCUUGCGAGCGCUCGAAUCGCUACAUUAGAGAAGGAAAUGACAUCUCAUCGAAGUCACAUUGCAACCUUGAAAUCAGAACUUCACACAGCUUGUUUACGUGAAAAUGAAAGUUUACAAUCAACAGGAUCACGAGACCAUUCAAAUCUCUCCAUUCCUUCAAGAGCUGCUCUUCCUGGUGACACAAUUGUUGUUGGAGAUUUUUUGCCAUUGAAAGGUGAACUUGAUACAACUUACGCUUUCUUAAAGGAGACAUUCGUAAAUCCUGCGCCCCUGACAUCGUCUCAGUCCUCUCCAGUGACCAUGUCUGCUAAUGCCAAAAGACCAACGCAGAUUGGGUUGUGACUUUAUGAAAUAAAAGAAAAAUGCAAGAAGAGUUAACAGUACAAUUAAAAUUGUUUUGAAGGGGGAUUUUCUUAUCAGUUGAAUUUUGUUUCAGCACAAGUGGCAGUGGGUUUGUAAAAACUGGGUGAUAGCUUGAUGUGUGCAGGUGUCUAUGUCUACUUGAAUAAUGAAAUAACCAACUUUUUCCCCUCUAAGUUUUAUUUAUUAUCACAGUUGCUCAUUUUUAUGUAACAUAUUUUUAAAUGUUAAAGAAUGACACAUUUUGGGUAAUUUCCUUCAGACUUAAAAAAAUCAAUAAGCCAUUUUAGUCUCUAUCUAUCAAAGUUGUUUCAUACUUGUCUAUUUUAAAGCAGGACUGCAAUACUUUAAUAGGAUUGAGAGAGCUAUUUGAAAUGUAUGCCAAUGAUUCCUGUCAUUUCAUGGCAGCCCUGCCAUGGUUCACUGAGCCCCCUCUUCUCUCUUGUCAGCUCAACUGAAGACAAGCAUUUAGUUGCAAACUUUAAGCAGGUUGUGCAAAACAGAAAUGAUGUGACUGCUUCUCCUCCUGCACAAUAAUGUCACUCCUGGUCAAUGUGAGAAGGUCAGGUUGCUCCUUGUAAAGCUACAUGAUACCACUUGCCCAUUUGAACAAGUUAAGUUAACUGCUGAAUCUGGUCCCUGCAGGCAUUGAAAACUCGUCCUUUUAUCAAGUCUGCAUUUGAUAAGAAAGUAGAGCAAUUGUGCCGGGAGGAUUUCUGUGGUGUGUUUAGGCACUGUAUAAGGACAGUUCCCACACCAGUGUAGCAGGUAAUAUGUUUAGUAGAAGCUGAAAAACUUCGAGGUAAUGGCUGUUUUGACCUUCGAAAUAGACUCCUUUUUUGUUUUUGUUGUUGGUAGGACCUAAGAGUGACGCCCAUCUUUGAUGCUGACAGAAUUUAAAACAAGGCCAUUGCCCUGCAUUUUCUGCCUUGUAGCACACAAAAGUAAAAUUGUAUGUCAGGCCGAGAUGUCGGGGAGCUGACAAGAUGCCCCAGUGACAUUUCAGCUAGAAAGAGCAAGUGUCUUGCAACCAAGUGGUCAAAUAUCAAAUAAUAGGUCAAGCAGGAAGGAGCUGAGUUCUAACCACAAAGAGGUUUCUGGUAACUUACUUGACAAGCUUUUGGGCGCUUUGUGGCUUGACAAAGUGAUGUUCUGUUGGGUAUCGCAGACAGACUGUUCUUCAUCGCCUUCAGAAGAUCAGACAUUGACAUUGAUUAAACUCUUUAACCCUUAAAGGUUAGAUCCUCGCAGUUUGCAUCAUGGUAAGUGAAGAACAAAAGAAUAUUUGUAAUAUGUAUUUGUGUUUGUAUUAAUCAUUUAACUCCCCAGUGAUGUUAACUUCUGAUGUGAACUGUACUUUUUGACAAACAGUUUUGAUACAAAAUCCAUAUUUUAUAUUAUUUUUCAUUAUGGAGACAUUAGAAAAUAACAAUAUGUAUUAUGGAAUCUACAUUGUCUUAACUUUGCAGUGACAUUUGAUUCAAAGAUACCGAACUUCUGAGAGUUUUUUUUUUUAUUGGCCUCAGUAAAUAAAAUUUGUAUACAAUACUAACUAUUUAUGUUAUUAACCAAAUUACCCAAAUGACUUACCCCAUCUGAGGUAAUGCAGCAUGUCACUGUCAUACUGUUUAGCACGUAUUUUGUAUACUGCUGAGCCAGUAUAAUUAACUUUAUAUAAAUCUUUAAAAAGCUGUUUUUGUGGAGUAAAAUUACAUCUUUAACCAAAUUUUUCUCAAUUCUUUCUUUGGAAUUCUUGUUAUUAACCAUUCUGGGUUUUGAGUGUUACAGAAUAUGCCCUGUGUAAUGUAACAUGAAUGAAAUUCAACUUGCAAAUUUAUUGUAACACAGAAAAUGCUAUUGUUUUUAUAUAGAUCAUAGAAUAAUUUCUGCACAUUUCAAAACACUUUCUUCUGCCAUUCCAUACAAUGAUUAAGAUAUUGCCCAUAUAGAAAUCUAUAUAUAGCCUUUUAGUUGUGACAUCAUUGAGCAUCCAAUUCUCACACUGUAGAAAAAAGUCUUACCCUAUAUCACUUAUGUGUCUGUGCUUGUGUGUAUGUGUAUGUUUCUGUUGAAUCUAUUUCCAGGUCCUACAGUUUAAGAGGAAGAAGCACCUUUGUAAACUUUCCCUUGGACUGAUCUUGGUCUUCUUGUCCUAAUUUUACAGUUUGUUAAUGGGAUAUCACCCAAAAUAAAUGUAUAUGUCUCUCUCUA